ACGCCGAAGGGCCCUUCCCACCGCCGAGCGGGCGCAGAGGCGGCUGGCUCCCCGGCUUCCUGGGCAGCGGGGCUGGUGCGCGGUGCCUCGCCGGGCUCCGCUUCGCCAUGCCCCGCGCGCGGCCCUCAGCCUUCGCCGGGGGCUGCUGCUCUCGCUAGCCCGGCCUUCCGCGGCCCCGGCGGCCCGCCCUCCCCAGGGCCCUGCGCCCCGGAGCCCCUGGUCCCCUCGCUCCCCGCGCCCUGCGAGCCAGCCGGCUGCCCGGGGCUGCAGGGGGCUGCAAUGAGUGCCCCGCGCAGAGCCCCGCCUGGGGCCGCCCUGCAGCCGGGCACCCGCUCUCAGCAGGGCUCCAGCUUUGAGCCAGGUGCAGCAGAGCUGAGCUAUGAAAUUGACAAGAAUGACAGCCAACAGCUGAUGAAGACAACGCAUCUGGCAAAAUUUUGAGAAGGCUCAAGGCUUUAAAGAAGGCUCGUCUAAAUAAAGGAGGGUUAAAGUGACAUUGCAGUUACUUAAUCCUGUGCUUUCCUUCCAUGUGACUCGAGCAAGACAGAGGUUAUCACAAUUCUGUUAUGUCCAGGAUUGUAUUCCACUGGAACAGCUUGCUAAACCAAAUGGAAAUGUGAUCACUCUGUGGACUAUGACAACAAGCUAUAUGAAUGGCGGAGGUCUUGGAAACCACCGAUAUACCAGGUGGAAUCGUGAGGACAGCGGAGAGGACUAUGGGCGGGCUGAGUGCUAUGGAGAAGAUGAGGAGGGCAGGAAGCGCAGGCUGACCCCGUUGGAGAAGCUAACCCAGGAUAUGUCCCAGGAUGAAAAGGUGGUGAAGGAAUUAACUCUGGGGAAGAGGAUUGGAUUCUAUCGAGUCAGAGGGGAAAUAGGGAGUGGAAAUUUCUCACAAGUGAAGCUUGGAAUUCAUUCUUUAACCAAAGAAAAAGUAGCAAUUAAGAUUUUGGACAAGACCAAGUUGGACCAGAAGACUCAACGCUUACUGUCCCGUGAAAUUUCCAGCAUGGAGAAACUGCACCACCCAAACAUUAUCAGACUUUACGAAGUGGUGGAAACAUUGUCAAAACUGCACCUUAUGAUGGAGUAUGCAGGAGGUGGGGAACUCUUUGUUAAAAUCAGCACAGAGGGAAAGUUAGCAGAAAUGGAAAGUAAAUUAAUUUUCUCCCAGAUUGCAUCUGCUGUGAAGCACAUGCAUGAUAACAAUAUCAUUCACCGGGACCUGAAGGCAGAAAAUGUAUUCUAUACCAGUAACACCUGUGUGAAGGUGGGAGACUUUGGAUUCAGCACAAUAAGUAAAAGAGAGGAAACUUUAAACACUUUCUGUGGGUCUCCUCCUUAUGCUGCCCCUGAGCUCUUCCGAGAUGAAAACUAUGUUGGGGUUUACGUGGACAUAUGGGCACUAGGCAUCCUUUUAUAUUUUAUGACAACUGGUACAAUGCCAUUUCGAGCGGACACAGUAGCCAAACUGAAGAAGUGCAUUCUUGAUGGGACAUAUAGCCUGCCCCCAUACCUUUCAGACACUUGCCAGAAACUGAUCAGAGGAGUUCUUCAGCCAGUCCCAACUGCACGAUACUCUAUUGAAUGUAUUAUGAAGAACGAAUGGAUGCAAGGGAUACAGUAUCCAAAAGCCUUGGACCCAUUUAAACUGGAUCCAAAGUAUUUAGCAGAGACUAGUACCCUCAAAGAGGAAGAAAUUGAAGUGAAAAAUACCUUGGAAGAUUUGGGAAUCACAGAAGAACACAUUCAAAAUAACCGUGGAAGAGAUUCUCGAAGCUCAAUAACUGGUAUCUACCGCAUUGUUUUGCACAGAGUGCAGAAGAAAAGAGCCCUGGAGACUGUUCCUAUAGUCACACAACCAGAACCCAAAGAGCAGGACUUAAAGAAAGGUCACAGUUCGCACCGUGGUAUCAGACAUACAUCCAAGUUGUGUUCAAUUUUAUGA